AUGAUACAAAAUAUAAUAAAAAUUCAAAGAAGAACUAAACGUACACCCACAAUACUUAUUCAACCUAAUGGACAGUGUAUUAGCCCAUUUACAAAUGUAAAAAAAGAAAAACCACUUAUCUUUAAAAAUUGCACUGGUAAUAACGAAGACUUAAAGCUAUCAUUUAAAGACAAGAUUAAUUUUUUUGAGUCACUUAGUAAACAGAAAGAUACUGAAUUGCCUGUUAAUAAUAAACACAAGAAGCCUUUUAAAGUUGAAACAACUGUAUGCAUUACAAGAACAUUUGAUUUUGCGUUAUUGAAAAAUAAAUGGGAGGCAUUGUCUUUAAGUAAAUAA